AUGGAAAUCAGCGUGCUUAAUCAGAUGAAUAUUGAGCUUAAUAUCUGGGUGGCUAAUCUUGAAGCUGAAAAGGUCCAACUUGAAAUUCAAGUUGCAGAUAUUAACGCAGAUAAAACCCAAAAAACUCAGCAAAUUUCGGAUCUGCAAACCCAUCUGGGAGCCUUGAGUGCAAGUUACUUUGAUCUUAAGAAGAAGCUAGCAGAAGAAUUUGGCAACAAAUUCAAGUCUUCAGUUCACAAUGUCAACACUGGCCAGUCUGCUGAUCAACAAUUGCAGAUUCAAAAAGAAAUGGAUGGAAUCGCUAAUAAUUGGAAAAUCUAUAAUGGAGUCACCCACUGGCUAGGAUUAUUAGACUCUCCCCCAAGCGACUUCCGCACCUACAUCAACCACUACGGUGAAAUGGCUGAAGCCACUUACGAUGCUUACAUUAAGACACCGGUCUCAAAAAACGCAGGAAAUUGUCGUUUCUCACGCAAAAAUCUGUUCGACCGAUGUGGGAUUCUUCGUGGGCGCCCGUUGAACCAGUAUAAAGUGACCAAGUACAUAUACGCCACAUCUGCUGUCCCAGUUCCUGGUGCAUUUGUCACGUCUUCGUCAACACAGGCUUGGAGCAAAAAGUCAAACUGGAUAGCGUUUAUCGCAGUGGCUACUGAUGAAGGGAAGAAGGUGUUGGGAAGGCGAGAUAUUAUGAUUGUUUGGAGAGGGACAGUCAACCCUUCGGAUAUGGUUCAUGAUGCUGAGUUAGUGAAGGUUUCCGCUAAAAAAAUAUUUGGUGAAAUGCAUCUAGAUAACCCGAAAGUACACAUGGGCUGGUACUCCAUCUACACUACAUCGGAUCCGAAUACACGUUACAAUCAAACUAGUGCUAGAGACCAGGCGUUGGCUGAGGUGAAGAAACUAGUGGAUGAAUACAGGGAGGAGGAAACUAGCCUCACCAUUACUGGGCACAGCAUGGGUGCAGUAGUAGGGACACUAAACGCUAUUGACAUAGUCUUUAAUGGAAUCAACAAGCAAGCAGUUGUGCCACCGAGGGCCUGCCUUGUAACCAUGUUCGCUUUCGCCUGCCCAAAAGUAGGAGAUGCCAACUUUCAAAAAGUAUUCAAUUCACAGACUAAUCUUCAUUGCCUACGCAUUAAUAAUGCGCUAGAUAUAGUUCCCAAGUAUCCUCUGGUAGGGUAUUCGGAUGUUGGGCACGAGUUGGGGAUUGAUACCACAAAGUCUACUUACUUGAAGACUGUUGGGGAUCCCGUGAGUUGGCAUAGCAUGGAGGGUUAUAUGCAUGGUGUUGCAGGAACACAAGGUAUUAAGGGAGGGUUUAAGCUGGAGAUUAAUCGUGAUCUCUCUCUUAUAAACAAGUAUUCAGGUACAUUAAAGGAUGAAUAUGGUAUACCUAGUAGUUGGUGGACUGAGAAGCAUAAUGGAAUGGUUCAAAACGAUAACGGAAAUUGGGAAUUGAACGAUCGUGAAGUAGAUGACGAUCAGUGA